CCGGCCCCCUCCCUGGCCCCGGCCCCAGACCUGGACCCGGACCCGGACCCAGAUCCCGACCUCCACGGCAACGAGGAGCAGUAUGUGAGCGAGGGCGUCUCCAGCCAGCUUGACACACACCCGGCUCCGCCCGACUGCAGGGACGCCGAGACCAUCACAGAUGUGUGCAACAGCACCGACCUGCCAGAGUUUGAGAUCAUCAGUCUUCUAGAGGAGCAGUUGCCGGUGUACCGGCUGCGUGCUGACACCGUCUACGGCUACGAGCACGAUGACUGGCUGCACACUCCCCUCGUCGCCCUGGACGCCAGGCUCGACCUGACCACCGAGCAGAUCGAAGAGACGCUCAAAUACUUCUUGCUAUGUGCAGACAGAGUGGGCCAGAUGACGAAGACCUACAGUGACAUCGAUGCUGUCACACGUCUGUUGGAGGAGAAAGAGAGAGAUUUGGAGUUGGCUGCAAGAAUCGGCCAGUCGCUUCUCAAGAAGAACCGACGUCUGACUGAGCAGAAUGACUAUCUGGAGGAGCAAGUGGCACAAAUCACAGAGGAGGUGGCCCAGCUGCACCACGAGCUGAACCUGAAGGAUGAGCUGCUGCAGUUUUACACCAAUGCAGCGGAGGAGAGCGAGGACGAGUCCAGCAGCUCCCCGACGGGGAAGAAAAGUAAAGUGGAAACUGCUUCAGGAGGCACACUCCAGACGAAAGUCAAAGAGCUGGAAGAGGAAAACCUCUCACUCCGCUCAGAGGCACACCAUCUGAAAUCAGAGACUGAAAUUUAUGAAGAAAAGGAGCAGCAGCUUGUCAAUGAAUGUGUGAAAGAGCUCCGGAUGUCCGGUCUCCAAAUCUCCACCAUAGCGGAGGAAUUGUCUCGUAAGACUGAGGACGCUUCCCGCCAGCAAGAGGAGAUCACACACCUCCUCUCUCAGAUAGUAGACCUGCAGAAGAAAGCCAAAUCUUAUGCGGUGGAGAAUGAGGAGCUUUCUCAGCACCUGGUGGCAGCUAAGGAUGCCCAAAGGCAGCUUACAGCAGAGCUCCAGGAGUUGGAUGAGAAGUAUUUAGAGUGUAUAGAGAUGCUGCAUGAGGCCCACGAGGAGCUGAAGAACCUGAGGAACAGAAACUUCCCUGCAGGGACCCCUCGCCGCUUCCAUCCUCUGGGACUGUACCCGAUGGAUUCUCUGGCAGCUGAGAUUGAGGGAACAAUGAGGAAGGAGAUGAGCCUGGACGACCCCGAGUGUGAGGAACAGAAGAUCCAUCGGAGGCGCGUGUUUGAGACAGUGAAGAACAUCAACCAGACAGUCCGCCAGCGCUCUCUGACCCCAACCAACGCCAACAUCCCGGGCUCCAACCAGUCUCUGUCAGCGCGUACGUCGCCGCAGUCCAGUGGCCUCUGCACACCUCACUCCAGCGUGUACGGAGGUGACGUCAGCGGGGACGGUUUGGCACUUGACAACCGAACACAGAGCAUCCUGAUGGAGACGGCAGCCAAUCAGGAUAGCAGCACAGAAGGCCGAGAGAAGAAGGCCAGCGGAGCGGAGGACCUGCGGCUCGCCCUGCGCCGCCUGUCCCUGCGUCGACAAAACAACCUGAGCGAGAGGCGCUUCAUGGGAGAGGAGAGGGAGCGGAGACGGGGAGUAUACGGAGGUCUGCAUGAUUCCCUGGUCCAGGAGAGCCCCUCGUUGACCCCCUCAGAAAGCAUCAUGUCCCUUGGGAACCUCCACCUUUGGGCCUCACGAGGGCCCUACCUCCCUGACAAGCUCCAGAUCGUCAAACCGCUUGAAGGCUCUGCCACGCUGCAUCACUGGCAGCAGUUAGCCCAGCCGCACCUCGGUGUGAUUCUGGACGCCAGGCCGGGAGUCGUGCCGAAGGGCUACAGACCCCUUGAACUAGAGCUGGAGCAGGUAUAUCCAUGGGGUGGCUUUGAGGAGGAGGAACCGGGGGAGCAAUACUUCCAGAAUCUGCCCACCUCCUCCUCCUCCUCCGCCUCCGCCUCCGCCUCGCCAGCCGUGCCCUCCACCUCCGGCACGUGUUACACAUACCUCGGGCCGCCUCCGCCCAGCCUCGUUCCACCUUCUCCACCAUCCCCGUCCCCAUCGCCACAUCUCAGCAACACCGACAUCCUGGCUGCAUACUACCCAGGUAAAUGCAUGGCCCACACCAGCUCUACCUACACCUUCACAACGUGUCGGAUCCUCCACCCAACCGAUGAGCUGACGCGGGUCACGCCAAGUCUAAACUCAGUCCCAGCGACGUCCUCCUGCGUGAUGACCAGCACCCUGUUGGGAACUCCGGCUGUUACACCCUGCACACCCCGCAGGCUCGGUCUCAGGCCGUCCGAGUCCUCAACUAACCUCAGAGAUGCAACACGCACCACCAGCACCUCUCUGGGGUUAGUGCGCCUCCUCCAGGAGAGAGGGAUCUCAGCUGCAAUGUAUCACCAGAGCCAGGGCCUGGAGUACGGUCAGGGCAACGGAGGAGUCCUAUUCAGCACCUCCAUCACCCCUAACCGAGCGCCCAACCCCGACCCUCUGCACCCCUCUACCCCUCCCAGCUCGCCCACAGGACAGGGCGCUUCAGCUGUGCCAACGUCUGCGGGCUUCGACUUCAAGAGCCCUUCCUACGACAACUUUCUGACCUCCAAACCGGCCCGCUCCAUUCUGAAGGAGGUGACGGGGAGGAUGAGGGGCAGGCAGAGAGGGAAGGAUUGCGAAAGCCAGACGGACGUUAGCGUUACCGUCCACAACCUCAACCUGCUGGACAAGGUGAAGCGGCUGGGUGUGGCUGGAGGUCCAGGAAGCAGAGCAAUGAGUCCCGGCCCCAUCCUGGGGCCUCUGGGCGGGCUGCGCAGAUCCGGCUCCCCUUUUGGGCCCGAUGGAAUGAGGAGGAACCCGAGUUAUCCAUCCAUGGUCGGGCCCAGCAUGGCCAUGAAAGCCCCGGGGCCCCAGGAGUAGUCUGGACUGCUGCUGGCCAUUAGAGAGUAGGGCCACGGACCGACUGUUGAUCAGUCACCCGGAGCCCAAACACUGACUCACACUGUUCAUACUGUAUGACAACAACGUGGCACUACUGUCUCUUAUCACUGCUGUGGUUCCUCACAGACACUAUCCAUGCUUUAGUGCUUUUAGGAGGUGACUCAGAGUUUUCCAACUCUGAAAACCACGCUAACCAGAGGGGACAACAAUCAGCGACACACAAAGAAAUAACUCGUACCAGUUUAUACAUACAGUCUAUGGUUUAAGUUCGCCCGCUAUGGCAACGGUGCACAUAUAAAUGGCCGUUGCUCUACACAUCCAGCUACAUUGAUUUGAAUGUGAAUGUCCCUUCUACUCACAUUUUAUUUCUAUGGCGCCACAUUAUGCAACCAAGGGCUAAAAGGCUAACACAAUGCCUAUAGCUAGCUAAAACCACUUGAUUUCAGCAUGUCAAAGAAUUAAUGCAAGCUAAUGUUAGCUGUGUGUUGCAGCUAAGGCACCUGCCAACAUAUUACUGCACAGCUUUCUGUUUUAUCCACAAUACAUUAUAAGACAAGUUGCAUAUUGUCAAAAUGCAUUAGCUUAACUUACAGAAAUAUAGUUACCCUAAAAGUGACAUUUAGACAAAAUGAUUGCUACACAAAGUCUUUAUUCCGAGUCUUAUUUCUGAUGAUGGCUCACUUUUGUCUUCUUAAAGACUUUUUCGGUUCUAGUAAAAACGUAGUUCUGGGUUCUUUACCCUGUUGGUAGUUCAUCUCACCACACAGCAGCUUUCAGACUUUUUUCUGUUGUUUGCUAGCCGACGAAAAGUGACAAGAAGGAACCUUCACGCAAUAUAAAGAUAAUGGAGAGCAAUGAAUUGUUUGGGCAGGACUUAGUGCUCUGUCUCAAGAGCAAAAUAAUUUAACCCAAAUUGUUUUCUGAUAUAUGCAGCUAUGCAGAUUUGGUUUUAUGCGCUCAUAUUAUGAAACAUCUCUGAAAUGUCUCAGAGAUGUGUUAGUUUGACUCACAUAUGUACAAAUCUGGGAAUUUAAAACCAAUUUUAUAUAAUUACAUUUUAUGUAAUUGGGUGAACUGACCCAUUAAAAUCAGAAUAUCGAUAUAAAUAUAUAUAUCUAUUGAGAUAUCGCCCACUGCUCUCCACUCACAUCGCUGCUUUGGAGACUGACUCUGCUGGCUGGAUGUAGUACUCCCACUCUUGCCUUUUCUGAAAAACAUCCACAAAAUCCCACUCACAUCCAGACAGCUGCACUCUGUUAAAUCUGCCAUCGCACUAGUUGGCUCCUUGUAGUCUCUGUAGCACUAAAACAUGCGUUUCUUCUUCUCUGUUACUGGAUUAAGAUCCACCAUUUUAUAAAUGAUUCAAAACUUUACACCAAAUAUGUGAAAAUACAUCACCCUUACCUUCACUCUCUCCCCCAUCAGUCUUACCCCUUCCUAAAUCCCUCCUGAAGUGAUUAGGUGUGAGUCCGACAUGUCGCUUUCAACAAAUCAUGAAAUAGAUUUUAAGUCAGUAUUGAAGAUACUUUGGUUUACUUUCCUAAUUGGCCAUUAGACGGGGAAGUUGUUGCGCCCACUGAACGGGACGGAUCGAUGCGCUGAGGCCACAGCUCUCAGAGAGGACGGAGAGAGGGAUGAGGGAAGUGGCAAAUCAGCCAUUGUGGUCAGAAGCUUUUGGAGAAAUGAAGCAAUAUAGUGCCUCGACCCUCUAUUUUUUGAUCAUUAUUUGUUCUUCUUGUGUUGGACCAAAGGUGGUGAAGAGUCGUUGUUGCACUUGUGUUUAUUUAUUUAAAUAAAUCCUAUGAAUUUAACCUAUUUUUCAUUUUUUUCGUGCUCACUGUAUAUACUGUUCAUUGUCACUAAAUUGUCAUUACUGGCUCACUCACUCAUAAAGGAAUCAUUAUAGUGCGUAUCCAAGAAACACACAUCACUGUAAGUAAUUGGGGUAAUCAUGUAAUGAGUUGUUUUUUUUUCAAAUAAAAAUUCUGUAUCUGAA